AUGCUAGGCAUCUUCAGCCUGCUCUACCAAAAUCUCAGUCCCGCCUCAUUGAUAUCCUUGAUAUUAGGGGUCUUCACGCUUGUUCAUGUUGUGCCGUACCUCUAUGACCCUUUCAACAUUCGUCGAAUCCCUGGCCCAUUCUUAGCCAAGUUCUCUGACAUCUGGCUCGGUUGGGUGAGCAAGAAUGGCCAUCGUUCAGAGGUGGUGCACUCUAUGCAUGAAAAAUAUGGCCCUAUAGUUCGCAUUGCUCCAAAUCAUGUGUCAAUAGCCGAACCCGACGCACUGAACAUCGUCUACGCACACGGUAACGGGGCGCUGAAGUCCGAUUUUUACGACGCCUUUGUAUCUAUUGCUCGCGGAAUCUUCAAUACUCGCGACCGAAGCGAACACGCUCGCAAGCGCAAGAUCGUUUCGCACAUCUUCGCUCCGAAAAGCGUUGUUGAAUUCGAACCACAAAUUCGAGAAUACGUCGCAUUGCUUCUCAAACAAUGGGAUCGCUUGUAUGAAUUGUCGCAGAAAGGUUUAUCAGGACCUGAAGGGGAAGGAUGGAAAGGAGACGGUGGCAGACUUUGGUUGGAUUGCCUACCAUGGGCCAAUUAUCUUGCGUUUGAUAUUGUCGGAGAUCUCGCGUUCGGUGCACCGUUUGGAAUGAUCAAUGCUGCCCGGGAUCUUGCGGUCGUUCCAAGAAAUCAGGAGGAUGCAAUGAAGAGUUAUGGAACUAACGCCGCCGUCGAUGUUGUAGAAAUACCAGCAGUCAAAAUCCUAAACGGAAGGGGAGAAUAUUCAAUGUCUAUGGGUGUGCUUCCGCCUUUAUGGCGUCCAUUUGUGCGCCAUCUUCCCUGGUAUAGCAAGGGACAACAGGAUGUUAAAGCUCUGGCCGGCAUCGCUAUCAUGGCUGUGGCCAAGCGUUUUGCAUCUCCCGUCGACAGAGUCGAUCUUCUGAGUAAACUUCAGAACGGUAGGGACCCCGAGGGCAACCCGCUAUCCAGAGAAGAAUUGACUGCCGAGUGUCUGACACUCCUCAUUGCUGGCUCGGAUACAACUUCUAACUCAACAUGUGCUAUCCUUUACUAUCUUGCGCGUACCCGCCGGGCGCAGCUAGAGCUUCAAAAGGAAUUGGAUGAACAACUUGGUACUGAGGACGAAUUAACAGCGACAGGCCAACAGGUAAAGAGAUUGCCAUACCUCGACGCUUGCAUCAAUGAAGCUCUGCGUCUUCAUUCCACCUCUUCCCUUGGCUUACCCCGCGUUGCCCCACAAGGAGGAAUCACCGUAGCGGAUCAAUAUUUCCCACCGGGAACAGUUCUCAGCGUUCCAAGCUAUUCCAUCCACCGCGAUAAAAAAAUCUGGGGGGACGACGUGGAGGAAUACAGACCAGAGCGAUGGUUUGAGCGUAACCAAGCGGAUAUCCAAAAAACUUUUAAUCCCUUCUCAUAUGGUCCAAGGGCAUGCGUGGGUAGAAAUCUCGCUUUCCUCGAAUUGCAGAUCAUCGUUGCGUCAAUCAUGCGCAGGUAUGAUAUUAUUUUGGAACAUCCAGACCAAAAGCUCGAAACUCGAGAAGGCUUCCUUCGGAAACCCCUCGGCUGUAUGGUGGGCCUCAAGAGACGCGAUCUGUAA